AUGACACAAACAUUAACAAAUAAAUAUCAGAUGUAUACUAAGUUCGGAAGAUACGAGAGAUUUGAUUUAUGUUUAAAACCAAAUUAUAAUGUAACACAUGCUAAUGCUUCAAAACUUAUCUCUCGCAACAUGUUUGUUUACGAGAAGGUUUACAUAUUAGCAUUCUUAUCAGAGUCUAAAAAUGAAACAACAAUGCUGAUGGAGAGUCUCUUCGGAGCAAUAAGGUUAAAUGAAUAUUUUCAAACCGUAAAACUUUAUGAUGCAUUGCGGGAAACUUCAAAAGUUCAUGGCAAAGAUCAAUAA